AGGCAUGUGGGGCGGCGGCGCGCAGUGCGUGCACGCGUCGCUGCCGCGCGGCGCCCGAGCCCCUGCGCCUACGCUCAGCGGAGCCAUAGCCAGCCGCCGCCCGCCCAGGCCAACGCCGCCCUCUCCCACGUUAGUCGCUAAGAUUGAUUCAUCAGUGGCGUGUUUGUGGCUUCUUACACCGUUGUCAGCGGGCACCGCGGUGGUCGCCGUGUUAGUGGCAGUGUCAACAAACAACUGGCUACACACCCAAGAAAAUAUGCUCAAUCCUCUAUACAAUGGUACUGGGAAACACGCGCUUGUAGCGAAACAUACCGUAUCAGGACUUUGGAGAAUAUGUCAUACUGAACCGGGCAGCACGGUGUAUGAAUGUCUGGACAUACCAUACUUUCCUUUGUCUCAAUACGCUCCGGAUCCUAGUGAUUCUACUAAUGCGAUACCAUACGUGGUAACGCGCUCCGCUGCUCCACUGCUCCUGGCUGUGUUCGCGCAAGCUGUGGGAGCUCUUUGCUGUGUCUUAGGACACUGCGUCAAGGGACGAAGAUUAUGCACAUUUAUAGCGGGUGUUUUGUUCAUAGUGUCCGGUUUAAUUAUGCUGACUGGCAUCGUAAUGUACAUAUCUGUAUUCAAAUCACAAGUGGGCUACAAGCUACGGUACAUGACAGUAUUCGAUACGCCGAGAAUGUCCUACAGCUACGGUUAUUCUUUUGGAUUAUAUUUGAGUGGUUUCGUGGCAGCCGAGCUAGCGGGCACUUCGGCAAUAUUUCUUUUCUUGCAAUGGUAUCAAAAAGAUUGGAUAACAGAGCUGUGUGAGAAAGCGAAAGCAGAUUGCCGAGCUUGGGAUCGUGAAUACGCCUUCUCAGAUUUCAGGGAAAGAGAUUCAUCAUUACUCGAACGACGUAUGCUGAAGAGGGACACGUACCCGCCGACGGGAUCGUCUGCAGCGACCCCUCACGAACGAAGACGUUUCGUUUUCGACGGUGACGAAAUGCCACACUGUUCCAUACAUAAAAAUAGAAGAAUCAAUUUAAGCUCAGCAUCACUAAAAGAUUUGUCAUCGUCUACUUUAUAUGGCUUUCCGGCCGCACCGAGGCCAACGGCUUGUGACAAUUAUUUUGAAGAAUUUAAAGAAGUACCUCAAAGUGCUAACACUUUGAGCGGUUUGAGAAGUGCAUCGAUAUUUCAAUCGCAAGCAUCAAUAGCUAGCGGCAGAUUUCUAGAUACUUCAGCUGUGGAGCCGCCGCCUUCGAGGGAAGAGGAAUUGGUGACGUUCGGUGCGGGUGCCCGAGCGAACGCAGGGGACAAGCCGCCGCGACACGACCGUGCUGUCGGCACUGACCCCUAUCGCCGAACGACACCUGUUUGAUUUUGAAUGUGGUGUCAUAACAUUGGAAGCAUAUCGUUAAGUGAUACCGCGACUGUACCACCGGUGGUACAAUUGUCUACAGCGCUAGAUAAUAUGUAUAGAUAGGAGUGGACUGUAAAGUGAUUUCCGAAUUUAUGGACAAACAAAAGUGAACUACGUUAUAACAUUUUUAAUUGUUAAAUUCCUUAAAUAAAC